AUGACGCUUAGGGGAGCCGCCAUAUUUACUUUGGGCGCCACCCGUGCGGGCGCUCUGGCUGCGGCGCCUGUCGCCGCCCUGCUCGCCAGGGCUGGUUCGGCCGCGCUGGCUGGCCGGGCGGGUGUCCCCUUCCUUCCUCACCGCCCGCAGAGGACGACCUUCCGCGAUAGAGACGAUGUAGUGACCAUCUGGGACACUGUGGCCACCUUCAUCCUGGGCCAGCUGGAGCAGGACAAGGCGGUGCAGGUGCCAGGCCUGGGCACCUUUGCCAUGCUGCAGGAGCAGCUCUGCAGGCACCAGGAGGACUCCCCCCUGCUCCGCAGGCCCAGCUUCUGGCCGGACAUGGCCCAGGGCAGCCUGCAGGGCAUGGCCUGGCACAGCGAGGGCAGCCCAGGAGACCCCCAGCCAAAGGCCCUCAACACCUCCUGGCUCUCCAGGGCGACCUCCUUGCCGCAGAAGGUGGUGGAAGGCUGCCUGAAGGAGACUCUGCUGCUCUUCAGCCUCCAGCUGCAGGCUGGGCAAGAGGUGGCUUUCACCUUCAAGGACCUGGGGGUCCUUUGCCGCUUCAGGGACCUCCUCUGCCUGCGCUUCUACCCGUCCUGUGUUGCCAGGCUGGAGCCCAAGGCCACCAUGGGUGCUCUGCUGCGCACGAUGUUGUGGCUGCCGCAGCUGGAGGCCUACAACACAGACAGUAGCUGGCCCCAGGCUGGGCCUGCCAAGGCCUUCCCCAGGUUUAGGUUCCUGACGAUCCCAUCAGUGGCCAAGGCCUUUUCCAGGUGGCACAAGAAUGUCUCCACCAGGGACAGGACCACAGGAGAUAGGAGAAGAGGCUCUCAGAAGUCUCCUGGGCAGCCUCUGGAGAUCCACCUGAAGGGCUCCAGCCCUGUGGUGCCCAAGCAGGACCCAGGCAGGAGGCGGCAGCAGGACCAAGAGGAGAAAGCUCCUGGCAGGUCACUUCCCCAACAUCUGGGCAGCUCCUGCAGGCCACAGAAGCCUUCUCCUGCAGCCCAUCCCACUGCUGAGCUUCCAGCUGCUGAAGCCAAUAGGAGAGCCCUGAAGGAGGUCUGGGAGGUGGCCGCAGAGUGGCAGCGCAGCAGGAGGCAGAGGCAGGAGCAGUGGCAGCAGGAGAAGACAACCUGGGGGUUCUGGAGGGCAGGAAAAGAGCCUGGGCCAGCACAGCAACCUAAGGUGGCCAGCAGGAGGUGGAUGACCUGUGGGGACCCUCUCUCAGUGCAGGAGCAGGCAGCAGCAGCCCAGCAGAAGACUUUGCACCACCCUGACCUCCUCCCACCUCGAGCCACACAGGUCCUGCGGAGCUUGGAAGGUUUCCAGGCCAGGAGGGAGAUCUACAGCAGUGUGGCCCAGAGCCGCCGCAGGCAGCAGCAGCAGCAGAGCCAGAGGCCAUGUGCCCGGUGGUUAUCUCAUGGUGGUGGUGGAGGUGCCAGGAGCUGCUAGAAGACUUUCUGGAAGGUUCUUCAGCUGUGGAGGUCUCACCUGGAGGAAAUAAAGGUCUAAGGAGGCUCCAGGCUGGGGUCUGUCAGCUGGGGUGAAGU